AUGAAGACUCUGCAAUCUACACUUCUCCUGUUCCUGUUUGUGCCUCUGAUAAAGCCAGCACCACCAUCUCAGCAGGAUUCACGCACUAUCUAUGAUUAUGGAACAGAUAAUCUUGAAGAAACCGUUUUUAGCCAAGAUUAUGAGGAUAAAUACCUGGAUGGAAAAAGUACUAAGGAAAAAGAAACUAUGAUAAUAGUACCCGAUGAGAAAAGUUUUCAAUUACAAAAAGAUGAGAGUAUAACGUCAUUACCCCCCAAGAAAGAAAAUGAUGAAAUGCCGACAUGCCUGCUCUGUGUUUGUUUAAGUGGCUCUGUAUACUGUGAAGAAGUUGACAUUGAUGCUGUACCACCUUUGCCAAAGGAAUCAGCCUAUCUUUAUGCACGAUUCAACAGAAUUAAAAAGCUGACCGCCAAAGAUUUUGCAGACAUACCUAACUUAAGACGACUCGAUUUUACGGGAAAUUUGAUUGAAGACAUAGAAGAUGGUACUUUUUCAAAACUUUCUCUGUUAGAAGAACUUACACUAGCUGAAAACCAACUACUGAAGCUUCCAGUUCUCCCUCCCAAGCUUACUUUAUUUAACGCAAAAUAUAACAAAAUCAAGAGCAGAGGAAUCAAAGCAAAUGCAUUCAAAAAACUGAGUAACCUCUCCUUCCUCUACUUGGAUCACAAUGCUUUGGAAUCUGUGCCUCUUAAUUUACCAGAAAGUCUGCGUGUAAUUCAUCUUCAGUUUAACAACAUAACUUCAAUUACAGAUGAUACAUUCUGCAAGGCUAAUGACACCAGUUAUAUUCGGGAUCGCAUUGAAGAGAUACGCUUGGAGGGCAACCCCAUCAUCCUGGGAAAACAUCCCAACAGUUUUAUCUGCUUAAAAAGAUUGCCUGUAGGGUCAUACAUUUAA